AUGGACGACAAUGUUUCCCUGCUUGAUACACCAAAAAGAGUAUCCCUUCAAUCGCAAGCAAACACCCUCCGAGCAGAGCUGAAGGACUUUGAAAGAAAGUUCGCGGCGGCGCAUGAUGAUCGCAAACCUGGGAAAGACGAUAUCAAGGCGGAUGUAGCCAUCGCAGCAAAGUAUAAGGAAUACAACAAAGUGCGGGAUGUCCUGGCAGGAAAACUCGGCCUUGACGCCUUGAACAAGCAGCAGUCCCAGCCUACCCGCCGAAGACGCGGCCGGACAGACAGUGCAAUCAGUCUGACUCCUCAUCGACCGCGUAAGGGCCCCAGUCCCUCAAAAUCCCACUUGCAUCCCAAUGAAGUCGACCCUUAUGAUGCUCCUCCAUCGGCCUCGCCGAAAGUUGUCUUUCAUGCCAUUGGACCUACUCCGCGAAGAGACGGUACGGUACUGGGCAUAUUUGAUUUGUUGUCGAAUUCUGGAUCAUCUAAAACCACCCAGGAAACACCGUCAUGCAGAAAAAGGAAGAUUGAUGCGUUCAAUAAUUGUACGAAUGAUGAUGCGAUACAGAAUUUGGCAGUUGCCCAGACACCAAGUCAAAGGCGUAGCAAGCAGGCUGAAAACGAGAAAGAGAAUCUCCUAACCAUCACACCAGGCUCGCGAGCACGCAGGGGUCGACGACAGCAGUCCAAGACGCCUGUCAGCGAAGGGAAAAGGUUUAUGCUCAACCACUUCUUCGCGACGCCCAGCGCUGUCCCUUUUGCCACUUUGAUUGAUGGCGACGAGGAACUGCACUCAGAAGUCCCAACCGAGACCAACACUCCGCUUCGGGACGCGAUACUCGGGCUCUCACCGUCAAAAGACAAUCAGGGACAAGCGACAACUAAUGCCACUCCGCCCUACCUAAAGCGAUCGUUUUCUUUCAAAGAGAGGCUACUUUCUGCAUCAAGAGAUUCUUCCACCCGUUCAUCUUCGAUGAUCAGCAAGACCCGGUCCUCCACGAGUGCUGGCGCACGGAAUCUGCGGCAUGUCACAUUUCUUCCCAAACCGCUCAGUCAAAUGAUUGCAGACUUGCAAAACCGGCACAGUACGCUACAAGGAGACAAUGAUGAUGAUCUCGAAGCUCUGCGGGAAAUGGAAUCAAAUGAGCUUAACGUCCUAAUCAACGAUGGCCAGGCCGCUGAAGUCCCGGCUGGAGCUGGAUCGCAAAUGACUUGGAAGAAGAAAGGACAGAAAAGAACAACACGACGAGCGAUUAUCAGACCUGUGAAAAUGAAGGUGGCUGAUGCUCCGAAAUUCGUCGCCGCAGAAGAUGACGAUGAGGUGGAGCCGGAGGAUGAACUGGCAGCGGACAGUGAACGGGCGGUCGAGAGAGAAGAAGAAAUUUCGCAAGUCGGAGAGACGCAACUUGCCACCGCACCAACCCCUUCAGACCGCAAACCCGAUGAUGAUUCAGAUCUUGACCGGCUCAUCGCCGAAGUAGAGCAAGAAGGCACCGAACAGCUAAGCGAUCCGGAAGAUGAGUUCAUCCCCGAACCCGCAAGCCCUGUUAAAACACGACGUGGAGGAGACUCGAAGUCUGAGAAAGUUAAAUCCGCAAAAUCAGUCCGCCCCAAGAAGAACACUGGAGACCUAAUUGGAAAACCUGCCUCAGCGAAAGAUUCACGAGCAAAAACUUCGAAAUCUACCGUGGAAGAUGGCAGUGGACCCGGCCGAGUGAGGACGAUCAAUCCAAAUGCUUACACGCAUAUGAAUUUCCGGACUCUAAAGAUCAAGAAUAAGAACUCGAAGGCGAAAUACCGUGGGAGAUUUGGGAGGGGCAGGAGAUAA